AUGAUCACUCAUCUGGUUGACUUCACUGUCGCAUUGAUGGACGAGGCAUUGCGAGCGAAUUGUCUUUCUAUUCUUCUGGCAAUAGCCAGCUCUGUUAUCCUGGUCAAAAGUUGGUCCUGCCUCCAGAAACCACACGGGCGUUACCCUCCUGGGCCUCAACCGAAGUUGAUCAUUGACAACCUCUUCGACAUCCCCAAGGAUCAUGCAGCGAGAAAGUACCUUGAAAUGGGGAAGAAAUAUCGAAGCGAUAUCAUACAUCUCUCAGCUUUCGGGCAGCAUAUCAUCGUCUUGAACAAGCUCGCAUUGGCGGAGGAGCUACUGGAAAGACGCGCUCACAUUUAUUCUGGUCGCCUGGAAGCGCCGCCUAUGAAACUGAUGGGUUGGGACCAUAACUUCGCCCUCCUUGAUUACGGACCAGCUUGGCAACGCCAUCGACGAGUGGCGCAACAAUACUUCACGCGUGAAGCAUCAAAGAGGUUCGAGCCAGUCCAGCUUUAUCGCGUGCGGAAAGUGCUCCUCCACGGCCUCCUUCAUUUUCCUGAAAAGUUUGAUAUUCUCAACAAGCUUCUGUCAGUGUCGAUACCACUAGACAUGAUGUACGGCUACGACGCAAGCUCUCUUGAUGAUCCUGUCGUCGUUGCGGCUACCAAGAGCUUCAAUAUUGGUGGUCCUCUGAUGUCCUCUAGCGGAUCAAUGAUGAACAUCUUCCCUCUCCUUCGUCAUGUGCCUUCUUGGUUCCCCGGGGCAACGUCCCAGAGUAAGUCUGCAGAGGUAGCACGUCUCACGAGGGAAGUGAAGCGCAUCCCUAUGGAAGACUUGAAACGAAGAAUGGCAUCCGGAAAUGCAUCUCCAUCACUGGUGUAUGAUUUCCUGGAGAACAAAAUCACAACUGGGGCGUCGGAGGAAGACGAGAAGAUAAUAAACAAUAUCGCAUAUACCGUCUAUGGAGGUGCUGCAGACACGACAAUAUCUGCGACCGCCUCUUUCUUCUAUCUGAUGGCCGCCAAUCCGGAUGUUCAGAAGAGAGCCCAAGUAGAAAUAGACCGUGUGAUUGGCGCCGAGAACCGGCUCCCGGACUUCCGGGACCGACCGGCGCUUCCGUACGUCGAAGCUGUCUAUCGGGAGUUGCUGCGUUAUCAACCGCCUGAUGGUCUUGGAAUCAGCCACUUGCUCUCCGAAGAUGACUAUUUCAAGGGCUACUUCAUACCCAAAGGAUCACUGGUUUUCGGAAAUAUUUGGGCAAUGACACACGAUCCAGAGGUCUAUAAGAGCCCGCACGAGUUUCAGCCGAAGCGAUUUCUUGAUGAAAACGGAACACUGAACGGGGAUGAACGGGUCUUGGCGUACGGAUUCGGCCGACGGGUCUGCGUUGGUCAACACGUGGCCAGUUCAACUACGUGGAUGACCAUCGUAUCUGUCUUGGCCGCAUUCAAGAUCGAGAGAGCGAGAGAUGAACUCGGAAAUGAAAUACCGCUCGAUGACGAAUUCGCUGAUGAUGGAAUUGUCUGGUACAGAUAG